GCAGUCAAAGCCGUGUGAGCCCAGUGGAUGCAGGAGUUAUCCCCGCCGCCGCUCCUCGGGCUGCCGGAGCAUGGACUAUUAACAACUUGCAUUUCUGCAGUGUGAGGUAACAUUUUGACACCAAUAUGGGAAAGCAAAACAGCAAACUACGCCCUGAAGUCAUGCAGGAUUUGCUAGAAAGUACAGACUUUACAGAACACGAGAUCCAGGAGUGGUACAAAGGCUUCUUGAGAGACUGUCCAAGUGGGCAUUUAUCUAUGGAGGAGUUUAAAAAAAUAUAUGGGAACUUUUUCCCUUAUGGGGACGCUUCUAAGUUUGCGGAACACGUAUUCCGCACUUUUGACGCCAAUGGAGAUGGAACAAUAGAUUUCAGAGAAUUCAUCAUAGCCUUGAGCGUAACGUCAAGAGGGAAACUGGAGCAGAAGCUGAAGUGGGCAUUCAGCAUGUAUGACCUGGACGGGAACGGCUACAUCAGUAAGUCAGAGAUGCUGGAAAUCGUGCAGGCAAUCUAUAAGAUGGUUUCAUCUGUAAUGAAGAUGCCGGAAGAUGAGUCGACACCAGAGAAGAGGACAGAGAAGAUCUUCCGCCAGAUGGACACCAACCGUGAUGGAAAGCUCUCUCUGGAGGAGUUCAUCCGAGGCGCCAAGAGCGAUCCAUCCAUAGUCCGUCUCCUGCAGUGUGAUCCCAGCAGCGCCGGGCAGUUCUGAACCCAUUUUUGGAUGAAUACUGUAUCUGCUUUUUUUUUUCCUUGCCAAACAACAUUCAUGGUAGUGUUGCCUCUGUACGGCCAAUUAUGCCUUCAUUUGUGGCAUCUUAUAGCUUCUUUUGUUGUGGAUUAAUUAUAAGAAUGCUGAAUUGCUCUUAACAAGUUGUCCAGAGCACAGGCAGUACUGUUUUAAACAGAUAUUGUGGUGUUAUAAUCGUUUUAAAGAUUUCCUUUUGGACUUUUCUGUUUUAACGUGUCUGUUUUGGAAAGUACACGUUGAGAAGGAGUGAACCAACAACAAAGCCCUUGGCAGCAAGACACACUGACAGAUUUUAGAUUGCUGCUUUAGUCACUGAGUAUUCACCCGCAGGACCCAAAAGCGUAGUAAAGAAUGAACUGAAGUGGUUGUGAUGGGUUGGGUAGGAUUCACCUGGAGCUCUUCCUCUCCUGUCCAGGAGGCACCAGUUGAGGUCAAAGACAGGAUAGGGAGGAAGUAUGAAAGUGCAAAUCAUGUGUGGGGUGUAUUGCCUGCACCCCUGCUCCAAUGCCUCAUUGUUUCAAUGCUGUGAACAUUUUCCAGGUUGUGAAGGAGAAGGGGCAAAAACAAAGGUUGACUUUUUUACUAGGUUUACAGUGGUUGAUUUCACAUAGCUUUGUCUGAAAAUUCAGCAAUCUGCAAUCCUGAUCCCCAAAUCCACAACUGACGAUACCUCUUGCCAUUUGGGAUCAGCAAAGGCAGACACAGAAUAUGGAAAACUGGGUCUUGACAAUGAAUUUAAGGGAGAUACAUGUUGAAUGUGAAACUUUCAGGUUAGUAAUAAAGCAGUUUCUACUAAGGAGAGUGGGCAUUCAUGUGAGGAACUCACAGACACCUGCAAGCAGCUCCAGCUGAGGCACAUCUGCUGCCCUGAAUGCUCUUGCAUAGAAGAAAGUUUUGAGGGUGUUUUUGUCUCUCUCCACAUAGCUAACAGAGUUUCUAGGCCUGCUCUUAGGGAAAGGCUGUCAUCAAAACUUGUUUUAAACAUAAAAUUGUAGCAUUUACAUUUCAUUUAUUUAGUAAAGUUCAAAAACUCUGUACUGAAAAGAGGAAAUGGUACGCUUUAUGGUAUAUUUAUAUAUAUAAAAUUAAAACAAAAAAAAAGAUCAGCUCUUGAGAGAAAUGUUGAAUGUUUAUCUUUUCGCCUAGAUGCAGGAGUUCUGAAAUCUGCUGCUGCAAAACUUCAACCUUUGGUCAAAGUUGCUGUAAGCAAAGCUAGUUCACAUACAUGGGAUUUCUUAGGGACCUUAUCAGCACUGCUGCAACAGAAAAGCUUUAGCGACAGGAGGCAUUAUGCUGACUAAAUUGGCAUUAAUCUGUCAUUAGCUGAAGCCUGCUCUGUGAUCCUGUUGGAGAGGUACCCGUGUUGGCAGUGCACAGCGCUGGGAAUUCAUGAGCUCGUUAGAGUAACCCUUUGUCUGAUCGGCAAGGUUGGCGUUGUGUCAAGUGACCUUGUAGAUGCUAAUCCCCAGUAGCCUUAAUUUAAAAUAAACUAAGUAAAAUAAGUCUGCUUUGCAGAUGUUGGUUAGCUAAGUACUAAUUAGAAGUCAUGAAGAAGUAGCUGAGUAUAAAGAAUUUUUUGUUGAACACUAGCUAGCAUGUACAAUAACUGAGAGAAAAGAAUCCUAGACUUCACUUUUCCCUACCGUCUGCUUUGCCAGGUGUGAAGUGCGGAGUAUAUUAAAAUAAAACAUAAAUCGAAAAUAACAUUGCUAAUCAGUUGUAAUAAAAUUACUAGGAGUGGCUAAUUACACUCAUCCGGCACACACCUUUGUCUCAAAUGAUGUGUGUGGGAAAAUGAGAAAGCAUCAGAGGCCCAGCCACAGACACAAACAGGUUUCAAUACGUGGGAUUUUUAGCUGUUACGAGCAUCCCUGACAAAUUUUGCACCGGUUCUUCCAGCUGAUAGAGAAAUCUUCCCUAUAUCUUUCUCCCUAAUAUUCAUUAGACAUCCUGUGCACAAAUCUAACCCUUCAAAGGACAGCCUGUGCCUGCCUCCUCCAAGGUAAUUUUCAGGUUUAUCUGGAGAGGUUCUGGCCUGUAUCCAUCUCCCAUAUCCAUCACCUCAUGGUUAUUGAAAGCCGUGUUCUCUCUUAGUGCUUUGAGGGCAGUUUUCCAGCAGGACGAGCCUGGCCAGCCUGCUGGGAUUGCUGCAGGAAGGUCAGUGGGCAUGCACUGAUCAGCACCCACUCUACCAGACAGCAACAACCAGUCCCACUGUCCCCACCACUCCCAGGCACUCCGUUGCCACUGCUGCACAGGCAGGACUAGGUGGCACUAGUGAAACCCUCCUGAGCUUCUAACGUACUGGCUCAGUGCAGACACCCACAUCCAAAGCAGCCCAGACCUACAGCAUUUACUGAAGGUGAACUGGGACACCUUCCACAGUUCCAUCUUCGUCUUAAUGUUGUGAGAGCAGAUGCAUGUGACUGAAACUUUUAAAUCCUUGCUUUUUAUUGAAGCAACUGCAUUCCAGCUCUUCUUAUAAGAUAUUUCUAGCCCAGAACCUCAUCUCUCCAUUUGUUUAUGCUCGGUAGUUUUGGGGCUUUAAGGCCAGGUUUGCUUCACAUGUUAGAACCGUACAGCACGUGUUUGAAAAAAAACCCUGUGAUAUAACCCCAGGCCAGUGGAGGUGUAAUUCUUCCCACAGUUCACAAAAUCUGGAAGAAUAAGAAUUAGCCUACAGCUGCAGAGGAUAUAGCUGGAGAUAAGACUAUUGUGUAAACAUUUACAGAGUGAAAUAAGGUUAUUCUUUUACCUAGCUACCACUGAUGAUUGGUAUUGGUUUAUAUUAUUAGCUAUUCUUUUAUUUGUCUGCCUCUGCAUGUACUUUAAAAGUGAUUGAUAGCUGGAGUUGUGAUAGGAGCAUCUGCAGACCUCUGUCAGCAGGACAGAAGUACUGAGAUCCACCUUGACUGGAAUUUUAUGCUUUGCUGCUAUUCCCAUUU